GAAAAAGCUACAGUAGUAUCGUCGCGUCAGAUGAUUAGCUAAUAGUAAAAACACUGUAAAACGACUGACAGUUCGCCUCUCUUUUCAGCAUUACGAACCGGUGGAAGUUGUCAGUAAUGUAUUUUGGUCCGUCAUUCACACUUUGAAGCCUCUCUCGCAGCGCUGAUAAUGCUGAAAAUGAAGCUACCGAUGAAAACGGGCGAGGAAGGAGGCGACGAAACGGCCGAGGACGACUCAUUGGAUCAGCCGGAGCACCAACAUAUUCCCAGGGCGGCACCUCCUUCCUCGGUGUCCGACGGACUGGAUCAGUCGCCCAGACCCGGUGUGUGUCCAUCCCAGCUGAACAAGGAGACUGUCUUCGAAUGGUUUGGCCUACAUCUAAACCCCGCUAAGCGGAUCGAGUUCAUGUGCGGACUGCUACAUAUGUGCCAAGCACUGGAGCUCCGCUUUUUGGGAUCUUACUUGGAGGAUCUUACAAGGAAAGAUUACCAUGUUUUAAGAGACUUCGAGUUCCGGGCGAAUAGUCCGAGCGAAUUGGGGCUUUUAACGGACGUGAUUGAUCCGGUUGUGAGGUCUAAACUCCUGGUCUGCCUGUCCCUCCUCGGGUCUGACAGCAGGGAAUGUGCUGGAAUACUCUUUCGGAUACUGAGCCAUGUAGACCCGGCCAUGUUCUACAAAAACUAUGACUACUCCCUUCAUCCAUUCAGGGACCCUCACCACCACUCGUUUCACCCGCCGUGUCAGGACGGGAGUGUGUACGGGCGGUCGGAGCAGACCUGCGGCUCGUCGGCUAACGAGCCAGCGGCAGGACCUCUGGAGCAGUUGGCGCUGCUCUUUACCAUGGCCUCUCUGCACCCAGCUCUCCAUUUCCACCAGCGGGAGAUGGUCCGAGGGCAGCUUGACAAAAUAGAGCUUGCCAUGGAGGAGGAGAGACGUCAGAAUCAGCUCAGAAUAAACGCCCAGAUAACGGAGCUGACGGGUCAGAAGGCAGAUUACCUGCUUUCCCCGCCGCUGGGUUUGGGGGAGUGUACGGCCCCUCAUCCUCCAUGUCAGAGCCGCCGCUCCAGCCGCUGGGCAACACAAAGAGAAGCAGUGCAUAUAGAGGGCAUCGUGCUCAGGGGCAUCUCUCGGACCAGAAUAGACAAGGAAUACAACUUUGAGGUGAAGUGGUCAGACUCCUCCUCAAGUUGUGUGACCAAAACCCAUCUGGAACUGGAGAAUUUUCUUCUUAAGCUUCCUAAGGAUCAGUGCACUGAGUCCUUUGAGAAGAGCAUCCUGAGGCUUCUGAACCAGGGGGACCGGAACGAGAGCAGGGAGGUGGAGAAGAACCUCAGGGAAAGGUUCCUGUCUGCUCCUCCUGUCUUCAGACAGACCAGGAAGGUCUGCAGCUUCUUCAAUUGUGACUCCAGUUACUCUACAAAACCUACAUGCUGCAGAUGCAACUGCCAGCUGGGUAAGGCCUACCAAGGAGACUGCUCUGAUGCCUCCAGUCAGGAGGAAGAUUUAGAGUCGUAUGCUCAGGGACACAAGAAAAAGCACGGGACCAAGAGUCCAUGUCAAGGCAGUCUCUCUAGUGCCAAGGGCUCCCAGGGGGACAGUCGGAGAGGGGGCCAUGCUGCAGAGCUCAACGGUCCAGCAGAGAGGAGGAAGAGCUGUACACUGAGGAGCAGCCAGGAGGCUGAACAGCAUCAGGCCGCUGAGAAGAGAAGCCACACAGUCGCUAAGACGAAGAGCAGAGGCCUGCCAGCAGACAGGGAUAAGGGCAAGGUGAAGGGUGCCGCCUUUGUAGCCAACGGCAGGUUGGUACCAGCUCUGUCACCUCAGAGGAAAGAUGGAGGUUCUGGUCCAGAUACGUUUGGUGAAACAUCAUCAGAAAGCUACAGCUCUCCAUCCAGCCCUCAGCACCGAGGACCAGAGAGCCUGGACAGUGAGGACGACAACAACAAAGAUACCGACAGCCACUCUGAUGACUCGAGCAAAGGUCUGGGCCCUGGCAUGUUCUUUGCCCAUCAGACUGAUCCAACUGCAGCAGGAGCCAUUCCCUCUGUUCACCCCCUGUCUUCCAGCAACCACCAGGCCCAAAUGGAGCCGCUCUGCCCAGAGACCAGCACAGAUUUCCCCCCUCUCUCCUUCAUGCGCUCUCUGCCCUAUGUGCUCCCGAACGGGACUGCUGACUCUCCACUUCCACUGGUCCCUCAUCCCGGCCAAAGCAUCGUCCCCGAUGGGAAGCCCUCGCCUGGGACCCUGAUGAUGCAGAUGCCCCUAGUGCCUCCAGGACCUGGAAUUGUGGGAGACCCGGAGAAGAGGGACAUACUUCCAACCUUUGGGAUAGCACCUAUUGGCCUCCACCCUUCAGGAAGUCCUGCUGUGCAGCCUCUGGUUCAGAGGUUCAAAACACCAAUGUCUCACAGCCAAGGUGGCACUGACGGAGCUUCAGGGAGUGGUUCUGCUCCUGCUGCCCCGCAGGCUUCACACCAAGCUGUGAGAGCCAUCAGUAUCAUGUCUCCUGGCCCCACAUCCUACUCCUCUCCUCUUCAGCAGUCUCUGCCCUGCCAAGAUCCAGCCAGCGUCACCUCGGGCCUGGCCUCCUCUCUGCCACAUGUGGAGACUUCACACGCCAAGCACCCCGGCUUAACCUUACCAUCUGGCCUGCCUUCUCCCUACACCCUGCCCCCGGUCCCCACCUCUGUCAUGCCUACUGUAGGAGCACCUGCAGCCAGUGGAAUAGCUCCAUCUCCUGGACAUGUACAAGCAGCUGUUCCUCCAGCUGUGCCCACCCACACCCCUGGACCCGCUCCCAGCCCCAGCCCAGCACUUACUCACAGCACCGCACACAGCGACUGUACAUCCUACAGCAACAGCAGCGCUUCCUGUGGAAGUGCUCCUGUUGCCCCGGGCAACCUUGUUAAUCCUCAGCAAACCCAGCCGCAACAGUUGCCCCCCCAGCAGCCAACACCACCACAACAGCCACCACCGCCGCCGCCACCGCAGCAGCAGCAGAUGGGCUGUGGGACCUGUGGCUGUCACAACAACUGCGGUGGCCGAGGCAGCGUCAGUAACAACAACAGCGUCAGUGUCCCCGGCUGCCAGGCACCUUUAUUCUUCUCCCACCAGAUGGCAGCAGCAGCAGCGCGACAGGUGUUCAGCGUCCAACCGCCUCUCUUCCAGCUCACAAGCCUGUGCAGUAACAGUUACCUCACCCAGGCUCAGCCUCCUCACCAGGCCAACGGCGCUGCCACCCUGCCCCCCUUCUUCCCCAGCGCUCCACCUCCCGCGCACCCGUCCCCCUACGGCCCCCUCCACACUCACUCUCACAGUCACGCAGACGUGCCAUCACAUAUGCUGGGCACCCAGGCGGCAGCGGUGGCGGCCGCCGCAGCUGCAAACUACAACCUCCAGCAGCAGAUGGCGCCGGCGGCAUCGUUCUGCCACCGUGUCUACCAGCAUGUAUACCCAAAUCACCUGGGGAUGCUGCCUGCUGCUGCACUGGGGGGAGGUGGAGUCAAUAAGAAGAGUGGCAAUGUGUCCUGUUAUAACUGUGGUGUGAGUGGCCACUACGCUCAGGACUGCAACCAACCCACCAUAGACUCCACACAGCAAGGUGGCUUCCGGUUAAAGUAUGCAGCCUCCCACAUUUCAGAAGCACUUGACAAUGCCGACUGAAGAAGAAGAGAGGAUGAAGAGGAGUUCCUCCGGUCUUGUUUCCACAGCGACGGUCAUCUGUUCUUCCAGGCGCUGUGUGCGAGCAGUGCACUUCAGGAAAAAAGAAAAAAAAAAAAAUCUCAAAAAGAAAGUGACCUGCCAAGGGCUCAGUGGACAAAGCCUAAGUACUUGUGCCUGAGAAAAUCUUGUUCCCAUGGAGAUGAUUCACUGUCUCGUGCACACCGACGGUCCACGUGACUCCCGCUCCCUUCCCUUUUAGUUUGUCUUUGAUAUUUUUGCACUGAGGGGUUGGAAACGAUUAACUUAUUACUUAAUUAUUAGAAAGAGAUUUUGAGGAUUUUGUUUUUACAUGACGGUGGAGACUUGUCUCAGCUGAAAAAAAAAAAAAGUUCUUAUACACUUCUUUCUAAAACAGCGUAUUUAUGCUUUUUUCCUCAUUAUUACUGUUCACCUAGGAUUUUACUGUCGGACAGAGUUGUACAGCAGUUUUCAACGUUUAAAUCAGAAAUCAAAAAAGUAAUGUUAGCAAAAUGAGUUUUAUGUUUUUCAUUUUCAGUUUUGCUGUAAGGUUUUUGAAUGUACACCUUCUCAUUUAAGGAAUGUGACUGUAUCAAAGUGUAUGGAUCUCAUGCAUUUUUACCACUUGAUAUAUGUUGUGGUUGGAAGGUAAUUGCUGCUUUGUAAUGUUAUUAUUUUCAUUUUUAAGAUAGUUUUACUUGGUGAAAUGCACUAAAGCGACGCAGGAACACAAGUGCACUAAAACAGUUUGCACCACAGCCGAGCAGGUGUGAGAAUUUAUUCAUUUUGUACUCUACAAAUUAAGACAGCAAAACUAAUUGGCUGAUACAGCGUUCACUGUUGUAGUGUGCUUUAGUAUUUCAGGUGUGAAGCAGCUUUUUCUGUUAACACCACAGAGAGGGAGAGAUCUCUGUGUUUUAAAACUACAGAUAGAAAUACAGCAGAAGAGAAACUCAUUCUUGUCUCAUCUCAGUCAGUGAGACAUCCACUACCUGUACAGUUUGGUGUCGCUGGGUGCUGUCUCCAGGAGCCUCUAGAGAGGAUUUAGACAGUUUAGUACCAGAAUGUCAGCUGUUGCUUUCGUCAGUGUUUAGCGCACAACUCUGCAGAGCGUGGAGCAAGCGUCAAACUAGUGUGGAUUCAUUUAUGAAGGAUAGACAAACAGAAGCAGACAGCACACCUCGAGCUAUACCAACUGAGUCAUCAAGACAUUUCCAUAGAGAAACACUACUCUCCUACCCUGUUGGUAUAUUAAAGGAACGCUUCAGCCGCAAAAUUAAAAUCUGUACAUUCAUAACUUACUGCGUUUUAUGUUGAAUUCAUGAAGAAAAGAUUGUUUUUUUCACAUGCCUCCACUGUGAACGGAGAAUCCAAAAAAAUGAGAACAUUCUUUAUGAACUGAAGUCAAUGGGGUCCAUGUUUAUCAACAGCAAAACUAUUUUAAACAUUGUUCACAAACUCUCACAAGACUUGUGCAGUAUAAUCUUAAGUCUUGUUUAUCCUGUCGUGUGCUCAGUGCUACCCAAACACAUGUAUUUUAACUAAAACGUUAGCCACUCAAGUGUUUUAUAUUGGAAUGUUUUAACGUUUAGGAAGUACUGAGCAUACAACAGGAUAAAUGAGAUUUGGAUUAUACUUCACGAGUUGUGUAAGUGUAAACCACUAUUUGAGAUAGGUUAGCUAUUGUUGAACGUCGUCCACAAAGGAUGUUAGCCACCUUUUUUUUUUUUUUUUGUUUGUUUGUUUGAUUUUUUUUUUUUUUUUGAUUUUUUUUUUGGGAUUCUUGUAUGCUCAGUACUUCCCAGACACAGGUAUUUUAGCUAAAACGUUACCUGCUUUAAGCUCGUUAAUGCUCAGCGUGCGCUACUUGUAGGGGGAAGUGUUUUAUAUUGGAACGUUUUAGCCAAAAUGUAUGUGUUUAGGAAGUACCGAGCACACGACAGGAUAAAUGAGAUUUGGAUUCUACUACACAAGUUAUGUAAACUGAUGUUUCCAUAGAACGUCGUCCCCAUUUGCAUCAGUUCAAGAAGAAUGUUAGCCUUUUUGGAUUCUCCGUUCACCACGGAAGCCUGAGAGAAAAACGUUUUCUUCAUGAUAUUCAACGUGAAACAAAGUUUGUAAUGAAUAUACAGAUGGUCAUUUUAUGGUUCAAGUAUUCUUUAACUACAAAGUAAAGUGUGUUUUAUAUUUGUAUGUUUGAUCACAUCUUUAAGAGCCUGUGUAAGAGCCCACGCUAAAAGACAGCCGUGGGCAGUAACUGACUGUUUCUGUACUUGUUAAUUUAAUGAAUAAAUCUAGUAUGGAUUUUCUUUAGUUUUGUUUUGUCACCAGACUGUUGAUAACUGACCUUAGAUGUCUGACAAACCUGAUGUCAUGUGACUACGUCUUCUGAACUGAGAUCCCUCUAUGUGGAUAAAAACACUUGAACACUUACAAAACAGCAAUUGACAGAACCAUCUAUACUGUAAUGCCUACAUAUGAUUUGAAGCUUUGAGCUCAUCAGUGCUUUAUAGAGGUUUUAAAAGGUAUUUUGGGAAACAUUUGAAAUGAUGGAAGGAGGCGGUGUUUGAGAAUGUGGAGUCCCGAUGUGUACAGUGUUAAGGAAUAAAUGAAACUGUUGGUAAAAUAAUUUGAAACAAUCGAAGCUCAGCUCAUUAUUAUGAAAUGUUAUUUUAUUAUUGUCUGUUUUAAAGUUCAGUUUUGUUUCAUAAUAUGUCAACAUUGAUUUGAUGUUGUUGCUCUAGCUAACACGUGCUAACUGGCUAAAUCUGGGAGGAGUUGAUGAGCUGGCAGUCUUAAAGAAUACUUCACCUGCAAAAUGAUGCGUGAAAUUUGUGAAGAAAACAAUUUUCCCUCACAUACCUCCACGGUCAACCAAAUAAGGUAAACCACCUUCAAAGUUCUCAAGAAUUCAAGGUAACGGUGGGUGAGUAGUUUUUUUACUGUUGUGAAACGUGACACCCCAUGACUUGAAUUCAUGAAGAAUGUUUGUCUUUUUGGAUUCUUCAGUCACCAUAGAGGCAAGCGAGCAAAACAAACUUCUCCCUAAGAAUUCAAGGUAACGGGAAGAGUAGUUUUUUUACUGUCACGAAAUGUGACGCCCCGUGACUUGAAUUCAUGAAGAAUGUUUGCCUUUCUCGUUUGCCUCCACGGUGAACGAAGAAUCCAAAAAAGACAAACAUUAAUCAUGAAUUCAAGUCAUGGGGUGUCGCGCUUCACGACAUUAAAAAAAAAAACUACUUACGCUGUUACCUCGAAUUCUUGAGAAGAACUUUGUCUUUUUUUGGAUUCUUUGUCCAUUGUGGAGGCAAGCGAGAAAAACAAAGUUCUCCUCAAGAAUUGAAGGUAACGGGAAGAGUAGUUUUUUUACUGUCGUGAAGCGUGACGCCCCGUGACUUGAAUUCAUAAAGAAUGUUUGCUUUUCUCGCUUGCCUCCUGGUGAAUGAAGAAUCCAAAAAAGACAAACAUUCUUCAUGAAUUCAAGUCAUGGGGCGUCACGCUUCAUGACAUUAAAAAAAAAAAAAAACUACUCACGCAGUUGCCUUGAAUUCUUGAGGAGAAAAACAAAGUUCUCCUCAAGAAUUCAAGGCAACGGCGUGAGUAUUUUUAUUUAUUUUUUUUAUGUUGUGAAGCGUGACGCCCCAUGACUUGAAUUCAUGAAGAAUGAUUGCUUUUCUCGCUUGCCUCCUGGUGAAUGAAGAAUCCAAAAAAGACAAACAUUCUUCAUAAAUUCAAGUCAUGGGGCGUCACGCUUCACAACAUUAAAAAAAAAACUACUCACGCCGUUGCCUUGAAUUCUUGAGAACUUUGUCUUUGUCUUUUUCUUCGUCCAUUGUGGAGGCAAGUGAGAAAAACAAAGUUCUCAAAACUUCAAGGUAACGGUGGGUGAGUAUUUUUAGUGUCGUGAAAUGUGACGCCCCAUGACCUGAAUUUAUGAAGAAUGUUUGUCUUUCUUGGAUUUUUCGGUCACCAUGGAGGCAAGCGAGAAAAACAAACUUCUCCCUAAGAAUUCAAGGUAACAGGAAGGGUAGGUUUUUUUAUUUUUGUGAAACGUGACGCCCCAUGACUUGAAUUCUUGAAGAAUGUAUGUUUUUCUAGGUUGCCUUCACGGUGAACGAAGAAUCCAAAAAGGACAAACAUUCUUCAUGAUUUCAAGUCAUGGGGUGUCACGUUUCACAACAAUAAAAAAAACUACUCACCCAUGUUACCUUGAAUUCUUGAGGGGAACUUUGUCUUUUUUGGAUUCUUUGUCCAUUGUGGAGGCAGCCGAGAAAAACGAAGUUCUCCUCAGGAAUGAAAGGUAACGGAGUGAGUAAUUGAUGUACAAAUGGUCUUUUUGGGGGUGGAGUAUUCUUAGGACGUGAUGCGCUGAGAGGGUGAGAGGUUGGUUCCAACACCACGGUCAUGAAAAGUGAUAAAAGUGUCACUGGGAAACAUGCCAUUAAAUGAUAGAAAUGUCCAUACUGAAACAAAAUUUCAUAAUAAUGAGAUGGUUUAUAUAUUUUACACACUAUUGUCAUGUUUACUUCAUAAUAUAUUAUAAUUUUUUUUUUUUUCUAGCUGUUGAACACUUUAGGGUUCCAUAUUAGAAAGUGUGUAUACGGAGCUACAGUUCUCAUACUUCAAAAUAAAUACGAGGUAACAAGAUAACAUUGAACAUCUCCUGGCCUUGUGGUAGUUGUGUGUGUGUGUGUGUGUGUGUGUGUAAAGUCUCUCUCAGACGACAGAAAUAUGUUCAGAUUUCCCGGCAGCCCAGAGGCCAAUACUUCUCAGUGAUGCUCUCACUUAUUUAUUCUAGUUUCUCCUAAUUAAUGUGGUUAUUUCACACUUUGCUCAGCAGCGUUGUGUCCAGCUGUGUUCGUAAUCAGGUGUGAGUGUGUGUGUGACUGUGCUCCUCAGUUGUUUUCAGAGCUGUGUGGAUGCUCUGCUUGUUUUUGUCAGCUCAGCCUCCUGUCAGCGCAUCAGUUCGAUUAAUAUCUAUGCAUACGCACUUGUUUUCCGGAGUUCUUACAGUGACAUUUAGGAGAAGCCGGCGGUGGAGACGAUGAGAUGUUUCAUGUAAACCUGUAAAAGGAUUCACACCCUCAAACACACUGCUAUUAGAUCGGACUGUCUCCAGUUUCACUUUGAACAUUAUUUAUGUUUCUUUCGUUCGACACUUGAAGUGGAUCAGAGGAUCUCAGAGUUCUGGAUCAUGUGAUCACAAGCAGUGAGCAGAAGUGGACCAGUCAGAUCAGGAGGGAAGCCCAGUGUAUAGAACUGAAGAUUCACCAAACAACCCAAGUGUAGUUUUGUUGACCUUGAUGGUUUGAUAAAUGCUGUACUGUACAUUUGCAAGUGGUCACUCUGCUGCCACCCUCAGUUGUAAUGUUUACUGUACUCUUUGAUAUCUAUGUAUUGGAAAGGUCAAAUAUAUUUCUAGAGCGGAAUUUGGAUUUUAUGCAACUUGUUGAUCUGUUGUUUUUCCUGUAAUUAAAAGCAAUAAAUAUAAAAAUGGAAAGCAAA